AUGUUUAAUCAUAAUCCAAAUGGUUCUCAGGGCGGAAAAAAUAUAGACAAAUCAAAAUCAUAUAAUACUGAUUUUAUGAACAUAUUUGGUGAUGAUGGUAAUGGAAGUUCGUCGAUUAAUGAUGUUUACCAUCAUCCUAAUGCUAUGACCACUACAAACGCCAAUAGCAAUGAAAGUGAAAAUACAAUAUUUGAAUCAGAUAAUACAGCUAGCAUACUUUUAGAACAACUAGCGUACGUUGAUAAUUUCAUGGCUUCUUCAGAAAAUGAUUUUGUUGAUAUAAACUCUUUAGUAGCCAUGGAAAAUGGUUUCUAUAAUCAUCAAGUUGUAAAUGAAGGUAUCAAUAGUGCUCAAGGGUUGCCUAAUCAAAAUUUAGAUCAGGAUAACAUUUGGGGAUUAGAUGAGAGAUUGGCAAGAGAAUUGAGUGUUUUCGCAGAUUCUUCAUUUAUCUUCCAUGAUGAGGAUAAACCGAAACAAGAUGGGGAUGAGAAUGAUAAUAGUAAUAAUAAUAGUAAUAGUAAUAAUAAUAUUGCUGACGACACUGUGCUAAACAAUAGAGAUGAUAUCACAAAUCAAGAAUACCAAAGAAAGCCACAUUAUUUAACCCAAAGAAAAAAUGAUAUAUUGAAAUCACAAUACGAUCAUUCAAAAUCAAGGUUCUCAUCCAAGAAAAAGAAGACGCCGAUUAAUGCGCCCGCUUCAUCAGCGGUAGAUUCUGUAGAUUUUGUUCAUAUUAAUAGAAAUGACAUAGAGGAAACGUUCUCAAACUUUGAUAUUAUCGCCAGUGAUAGUGUUGCUCAAAACUCACAGUCGAACCAUGUAACAACUAUGGGUAACAACAAUAAUACUGUUAUUAUUAAUAAUGAUGAUGAUGAUAAUGACGAUGAUGACAAUAAUAAUAGCAGUAAUAAUGACAAUGAUAAUGAUAAUGAUGAUAAUAAUAAUAGUAAUAAUAGUAAUAAUAAUGACACACAAGGUAGGGGGACAACUGUAGAUAAUAAAAAUACAGCUAGUCUGCAAAUUGAACAGCCAGAUCUUGCCAGCAUGCCCACAAGUACAUUAAUAUCAUUUUUUCCGAGAUUAAAGGUUCCAACAGGAGUCAUUAAUUCUCUGACUCAGCGUGGGUUAACAAUGGAACAAAUUGAUGCAUUAUCAGUAAUCAUUGCAUAUCAUCAACAAGAGAAGAAGAAAAAUCCACAAAAUGGUGAAACAGUUACUCAAAUUAUCGAUUCUCAAAAUAUUAAUGCAGAUUAUUUAGUAACACUACUUUCGGAUUCAAGACUUCAACAUAGCAAUAUUGCUUCAAGUUCAAAGAGUUAUACUGAUUCUGAUUCCAACUCAAAUCCAAAGGAUAUAAUGAAGUCUAAUUUCGUAAAUGUUCUUUUCGAUUUAGUGAAAAAUAACGUUUUAUCAAAUGAAUCCAAGGAAGAUACACUGCCACACAAUGAGGACAGUAUUUCAACUAACUUACCAGAAAGUCGGUUAAAGAAAGUAAAUAUUUCUGAAAACAUUAUUGAUACGACACCUACACAAGUUGGUCAACAUAAGGAGUUAAAAAGAGAAAUACCAGAAAGUGAUGUACAGGGUGAAAAAACACUAAAUAUAAAGAGAGUGAAAAUGGAAAACAAUAUAAAGUACACAAUACCUACAACACCUACCAUGAAAGCCCAUCAGAAGCGAAAGAAGAAAGAACAAGAGCUAGAAUCUUCUGUAAAUAAACUUAGUGAAUUGGCAAUUUCUUUACAACAAAAGAUUCAUGCCUUGGAAAUGGAAAAUAAAUUACUGAAACAGAUGGUGUACAGUAAUGGUAAAAUAUCUACAGAAAGUGAUGCUGAAAAUCUUAAAAAAUUCAUAUUAGAGAACAAGUCACCCAAAAAGGAUAAUAAAUAA